AUUGCACCGACACCAUCAAUUCGAAAACUGGCUUAUUGUCUCUGGAUUUUCUGCUUCGAUUCAAUUUGACAGACGCGCAGUAUACGGCUGAAUCUUAUUCUUGAAUGUUCGAAUCGGAGCAUAUCUUCGACAGAGUGAAAGGCGCCUUUGUUGUGAUUAUAAAUGUGGCGCCGGCGGCGAGCAGUUCACAAAGGGAACGAUCCUUGGCGUAGGUAUAAAUUACCGUGCAUACGAGGCGCCUCGUUUCCUACCCUUCCCUUCUUAUUUUCAUCUCCUUUCAUAUCAAAGUAGUGCUGGAACACUACCCAUUUAAUUUCUCACCGCAGUUUUUUCAAAGUCGACCUUACCAUCGACGUUAUUCAUUCAUACAAUGGCUCGCAAGACGACCAGACGCUCCUUUCAACCCACCAAUGCUCAGAAGCUUUGGGUAUCCUGUCCUAGAGACAAGCGGUGGAAUCUCAUAGACGAUAUCAUCGGAAGAAGUAUCAAAGAAAGCAGAGACGCUGGGGAACGAAAGGGCCAUCGAUCCGAGACCUACAUGCGUGCUGCAGUCAUCAAGGGAACCGAGACGGGACUCAUGAAGAUGCAUGGAAAUAUGGUUCGGCUCAGGAAAGCAGGAUUAAACUUAAUUCAAGAUGUGAUCCAAGAGUGCCAAGAUGAUUCGCUAUCCCCAGUAGCUCAACGCAGAGCUCAUAUGCACUGCUUCAAGACCAAAUUAAAGCGUGUCAAACGGCCUCUCUAUGCAGAGCUUUAUAGCGAUCUACAGAAGUUCAAAGCGCGAUAUGAACGUGAACGCUCAUUGUCCACCGAGCCUGACGAUCGCAUGGUCCUGGAUUCCAAAGAACCAGGAGUAGAAAGCGGCAUGAAUGUCGAGCCUAUUGCUAGUUCUUCCAGGCUCCCGCCCAGCACACCCACCAAGAUGAUCAUCCCAGCGCACUCGUAUCCUACUCCGGAAUCCAUCCCUCGCGUUGGUCAUUUAGCAUCCCGAUUGUUUGCUCUACUGCCCUCCUCCUUUCUUCACCGUAGUUCUAUGGACAUCGACAUACCCGAGUCUCCCAUCCAUGCUCCUCGCCAGUACUGCAAUGUUGCGAUCGCGACUAGUCCCAUCGUGCUCGAAGAAGAUAUUGAUAUGGUUCCUCCGCAUCUUAACGUGGCAUCAUCAUCGCUCUCUUUCAUUUCUCAUCAAUCCGCGUCGUCCAGUAAUGGUGACAUUAACAUGGAGGACGGUGCUGGUACAUCGCCGCGCUGCGCCGGAUGUGAACAGGUGCAGAAGCAACUUGACGCGGCCCAGCUCGAGAUUGAAUAUCUGAAGGAAAAAGUUGAGGAAAUCACGGAAGAAAUGAAUAAGAUCGACGAUGAAAGAAAGGAAUUAAUAACGCAACUAGAGGAAUCAGAAGAGAAAGUAAGCCUUUCGUGUCAUUUUUCUGAUGAUCUCCUCGGCGUUGUUUAUAGGUACGGUCCCGCGACUCCGAGGUGACGACAUUGCAGACUAAGUUGUCAAAGACCCAAGAUGCGAUCCGGCUGCUUUUAAAGAAUAACGCCGAUCGACGGAAGGUGGAGGAGGAGAAACGCGCAGCCAUUCAGAGGGAAUUGCAUGAGGCUACGGCACGACAAGCAGCCGAACUUCAAUGUGAGAAUGAAGUCGAGAAACUGCUUCUCGAACAGAUGGAUACAAUAUAGUGAAUCUAAGUUACAGUAAUUA